AUGAAUCGUACAGAAUAUCAAGACGCCUUAUUGAAAACUGGUCAACUGCAUAUUGUUUAUGGUAAAUACUUAUACAAAACAGAAAAGUAUGAUGAAGCUUUGAAACAAUAUGAAAUAGGCAGAGAUUUUAUUGAUCAAUACGCUGAAAUGAAUAAUUCAAUCAUCGGGGAAUCUGUUACACCCGGAGUAUUAGUCACACUGAUGGAUGUAUUAAAGGUGUACGAAUCAAUGCAAAAUGAUAAUGAUAGUAUUGAUUUAUUGACAAAAUGUAUAAAUUAUUUAGAGAAGGAAAAUAUUUUCGUUUCAGAAGAAAUAUUAAAAGAGAAUACUAUUCAGACAACGAGAUUGCAUUUACCACAAAUAUCAGACCUGUUAUAUACUAAAGCUAAAAUCUUAUUCAAACAAUCUGGUCAAUCAAUAACUCAAGCUUACUAUAAUGUUAAACGAGCAAUACACCAUUGCCCAGUUCAUGAAAACAGUUUAAACCUGUUGAAACAACUGGAGAGUUUAUCUUCAUGCAAACAAGAAGAAGCAGUUGCCUCAAUGCUAAGAAAUCGUUUCAUAGAUGCUUUACAAUCAAUCAACACGGCUAUUUAUGCUCAACCAGAAAAUGUCUCAUUGUAUUUUGAUAAAGGAGCAAUAUUAAGGAAACUCAGUCGGUUAGACGAAUCGAUUGACUGUGUUCUACAAGGCAUAGAAUUAUUGGAUGGGACAAGUAAUAAUGAUAAUAAUAAUCAGAACAAAUCAUCCGAUAACUAUCAGUCAUUGUAUGCAUCAGGUAAAAAUCAAUUAUUUCUCACCAUCAGUUGUUAUGCAAUUCGAUUACUGACCAAAGGCGAAUAUCAUGAAUCCAGUGAAUUAAUCUGUCAACUUUUAAAAGUUGAUCCCAAUAAUUAUCGAUUAUUAAUGUUAUUCGGUGAUUGCCAGUAUCAAAUGAAUCGCCAUGAAGAAGCGCUUAAGAUGUAUGAAAAGGCUAAGUUGAUUAUCAAUGAAUUGCUGUGUACUUCAAAUCAAUGUACCUGUACAAAUAAUACUGUUUCCAAUAUUCCAGAGAGUGUUAAAUCAGUUAAUCAUAGAAUUUGUUUAGCAUGUUAUUAUUUAAGUAGGCAAAAAAUCAAAGAAAAUGAUUGGAUGGCAGCAUUGAACCAUUUAAAUUACUGUAUUCAAUUGGCGCCAUUCAAAUCGGAGUUUUACAUGACACGUGCACUAGUACACUACCAGUUGAGUAGUGCUAAACAAUCUUGGGAAGAUGUAGUGAUCUAUAUUUAUUUGAAUUUAAGUGAUUGGGCAUUAUGUGAAAAAACUAAUGGCAAAUGGUCUACAUAUCCUGUAUGGUAUCAAAGUAUGCUACGGAAUCGUUUCAUUAGUCAUGUUAAUGAACAGAUCGGCCCAUUGAUUCAUCGUCUUACACCAAAGUAUAUUGACUUAGUCAAAGUUGCACGAUCUAAAGAAUCAGAAAUGUGUUUGAUGAAAAAUCUGCAAAGUUUAACUGAUGCUGGUAAAUGUAAUAUAUGCAAAAAUGAUAAUAAUAAUAAAACUACAACAGUUACCAGAAGCUACGAUCCGAUUAAAUUUGAAAAUCAAAUUGAUUGGUUGAAAAAUAACAUUUCAUUUGAUUUAUUUUCAAUGCCUACUAGUAAUGAUAUCAGUAGUCAUGAGAACAACGAGACAACGAAAGGUGAAGGCAAAAAAUGCGAGUCACAAAUACAGAGAGGUUGUAAAAUUAUUGAAGACUAUAAACAAAUUAAAGUUGGAAUUCAAAAUAUUCGCAGCAGAAAAUAUUUAAGAUAA